AUGACUGAUACAGUAAAUAUGUCGCUUGAUGAAAUAAUAAAACAAAGCAGAGCCAGUCGAACUCGCGGUAGAGGCGGUGGGAAUAUAAGAGGCCGCGGAGGCGGUCGUGGUGGGCGAAGAGGUCGUGGAGGUCGCGGCCGUGGUGCAGCCCGGGGUCGCUCUGCGUCACGAGGAGCCUCAAACACCAGACAGGGGCGGUCUCGUUCAAGAUCUCGUGUACAAGACAAUUCCCAAACGCGGGAUCGCUCACAGUCACGGGCACGAUCUCGAUCACGACAACGACGUUUCUCCAAUCCCAGAACACGAUCAGCUUCUAGAUCCAGAUCUCAAGUUAGAAGUAUGACACCAAAAUCCCGAGCUGGCUUAGAAAAUCCAGUAACUACUAUGCCACCAUUAGUCCAUUCAAAUAGAGGAAAACGAGGUGGAAUCCAGUUGAGACUGAGACGAUCAAAUUCUUUUCAACAAGCUAGAGGUGGAGUCCACAGUAGACUUGGCAUUAAUACCAGAAGAGCUAGUGGCCCAACCAACAAUUAUAAACCUUUAGCUGUUGCUAAAAGAGGGAUUUCUAAGAGAGGCAGAGGUCUCACUACUCGGAAUAGAUAUAGCUCUGUUGGAUUAAGAUCUGAUCAAAUUCUAAAAGAACAAAGACAAAAUAUUAUGCAAAAUAAUGUCAUUAGGACGCAAACAUUUACAAGAUCUAGGAAUAACUCAUUGAAUUCUGCUUCCCAGUUAACUGUUAGCAUUGCAAAUGAUUUCCGUAGAAGACGUCGUAACAGUGCUGGAAAUGCAGGAUAUUUGAACAAACAAAUGUUAGCAGAACUUAAUAAUGAAUUUGGUGGUUAUAAUACAAGAAGAGGGCCAGGCAGUGUUAAAUCUGUAGGUUCAAACAGGUCCAAUAGAUCAAUCAGGUCAAACCAAUCAAACAGAUCAAAUCAUUCUAACUCCAGUAAGAGAUCAAGAGGCAGGGGCCGCGGUAGAGGAGGGAACCGGGGUGUCGGAAGAAAUUUUGUGAAUAAACAAGUUCUGAACCCCGCAUUACAGAAAGAAAUUGCAGCUAUUCAGGGUAAAACAUAUGGAUCAGGUAAUAAUACCGAGGUACCAAGUGGUGUAAACUUCACACCGACCCCGGCAGCUACACAGCAAACAUUACAUCAAAGAUUUGGAAGUUCAUAG